AUGGAGGAAACUAACUGCAAUCAGAAAUGGCUGUUCACGGAAGAGGAACUGCAGAACACGCCGAGUGUUCGGGCAGGCGUUACAAUCGAGCAGGAGCUGACCUUCAGACAGAAGCAGGCCAUGCUGAUUCAAACCAUUGGAUUGAAGUCAGGCUUGACCCAGCUUGCUGUCAACACAAGUGUGAUCUUCAUGCACCGAUUCUUCAUGUAUCGCACGGUGAAAACCUACCCCAGGAUUCAUCUUGCCCUGGGGUUUGCCUUUGCCGGAGGGAAGGUGGAAGAAAGUGCCCGUAAGCUGGAACAGAUCAUUCGCACAGCUGUUGAAGUCAUACGUCAGAACAGAAAUAAGGAGUUCCUGGACAAGGCCGACCCUCUGACAUAUGAAAUGGACUGCCAGUGGCGAGCUAAGAUGCAGGUCUUGUUUGAUAAUAACUGCAGUAUAGAAUCGCCGGUAAUGAUUGUUCUCCUGUUUCUUUUGUUAACUCUCCUGUGUUGUUACUCUCUUGUACAUUAUUGUUACUCUAUUGUUAUUGUUCCUGUCAUGUGUUAUUGUUACUCUACCAGACAGGCUAUUUUAGGUGGUGGUAGAAAGGCUGCAUGCAGUCAACCCCCGAGGGUUGCUUACAUGGAGUUUCGCAAACUUGUCCUCGAAUGUGAGACUGAAAUCUACGGAGUCAUUGGUUUCCAGUUGCAGAUCGUUCAUCCACAUAACUACGUUAUACGGAUGUGUGCAUUAUUGGGUGGUAGGUUUCCUGUUGUUGAUGUUCAACUUUUUAUUUCUAUGUUCUCGGAGAAUAUAAAGGACAUCAGUCAGUAUGCAUACAACCUUGCUACCGCCAG